AUGAGUGAGCCCAUGGAAGGGGGAGCACAAGAGGAGGAGGAUGAGCUCCCCAUGUACCAAGAGCACUACAAUGCUCUCUUCUCCAUGGACUUUGUGGAGACCAAGUACCCACAUAUGAGGAAGGAUAGAGCUGAUUUGGACCAAGGAUUGGGAUGGAUCACGUUCUUGGCUAAGGGAGAGAAGAGAAUGGUGACCUUUAGGCAGCUUGGAGAUCUUGUUUGGGUUCAACUAUGGAGAGGAGUGGAACUUCAAGGAAAAGAACUCCAAAGGGUUUGGGCUACAAUCGCUGAUGGAGGUACUCUUCCUCAAGGUCCAAGGCUGCUCAGAUCAGGAGCCCAGUCUUGA